AUGGCAUUUGUGGCGGCGCUGUGCUCCGCGCUGUCCCGGCGCUGCGAGCAGCAGGCGCAGGCGCAGCGGCAGCUGGAGGAGCAGCUUCGGGCCAGCGAGGCAGAGGCCUCCGCGCUGCGGCGCGAGCUCGCGGAGCUGCGGUCGGGCGAGGCCCUGCGCGCCCAGCGUCUGGCUGCCCGCGAGGUGGCGGUUGACUCCUGGGAAGCUGGCAGACUGAAGGAGCUGCCGAAGCUGAAGGCGGAGCUCAAAGAGCGCCUGGCCAGCCAGGCGGAAGCUCACUACCAGGAGCUGGAGCAGCAGGCGCGCCGACGCUUGGCAACGGCCGAGAGAGCGUUCCAUGAACAGGUCCGGGAUUUGGAGACGGAGCUCAACGAGGCUCGCGCAGAGAAUGCGGCCCUGGGCCGCAAGUGCUUCGAGAGCUACCAGGCAAGAGCCCAAGCUCAAGCUGCCUCGAGCCAGACUCAGCAGCAGGCGCAAAUGCAGCACCAGGAGCUGCACCAGCUGCGUGCGAACCAGACGCUGAUGCAACAGGAGCUGCUCCGGUGCAAGGCGUCGCUGAGCCGCGAGGAGGAAGCCGCCGCCUUUCUCAAGGCAAGAUUACAGGAGGCGGAGUCUUCCGCCAGCCGCUCUGACGAGGUAUCUCGCGACCUGCGCGAGUGGGUACUGCGGUCCUUGAACGAGGUGCGAUGA